AUGGGCGUCGACUGCGAGCGUCACCGCUCACUCCUAGUUCCUGUUUCGUUCUUAAUUCUUGCGCACUCGACAUUCAUCGAAGAUUUAGUGGGAAAAAGAUCAGAACUUGAUAAUAAAAAAGUCACCUUUAAAAAACGAGCAAAGCACAGCCGCAAAAGCCUGCUGCGCCAUGGAGAUCCACUGCCUUCCUCCCCACGACCUCCGCCUCGCCAAGCUCGCUCCUCCGUCCCCCCGCCCGACACCCAUCUCCCCCUCGUCCCCGGAAGGCCCGCCCUCCUCCUCCGCCGCCGCCGUCGUCCUCCCGCCGCCGUGGGCAACGACGCCCCGGCUGCCGCGGGAGGAGCUCGCGCCGUCUCGCCGGCGCCGGCGGAGAACGCGGCGGCCGCCGUGGCGCUGGAGCACGCCGGGGGAAAGAUGGUGGUGGAGCUGGUGGGGGCGUUCAACGAGCUGACGGAGCGGAUGAGGAGCGGGGUGUCGCUCUCCACGAGGUCCUCCCGCAUUCUGUUCAAGGCGCUCAAGCUCGCCAUCCCCAUGCUGCAGAGCUCCCCGCCCGGCGCCGACGGCCGGCCUCCCCUCUCCAGGGCCCUCAGCGUCGCCGUCAUUCUCGCCGAUCUUCAGAUGGAUGCGGAGGUAAUAUCAGCUGGCAUCCUCAGAGAAGUUCUCGAGACAGGAGCAGUGUCCAUCCAUGAAGUGAGAGACCGGAUUGGCAGGGGGACGGCUCAUCUGCUCCACGAGAGCUUGCGAGUCAAGAGCUUCCCCUCGAAAGUUGAUGUGUUGGACGACGAAAGUGCCGCUGCCUUGAGGAAAUUCUGCCUCACAUUCUACGACACAAGAGCCGUGGUUCUCGACCUGGCUCUGAAACUCGAUAUGAUGAGGCAUUUAAAUUACCUGCCCAGAUAUCAACAGCAAAUAGUCUCUCUCGAGGUUAUGAAAGUGCACGCGCCAUUAGCACAUGCGUUGAGGACGGAAUUCUUAUCUCUGGAGUUAGAGGAUCUUUCGUUCCGGUAUCUGUUCCCUUACUCGUACCUCUAUGUCGACAGGUGGUUAAGAAGCCACGAAACUGGAAGCAAGCCCUUGAUAGAAAUAUACAAAGAGGAGCUGCUUCAGUCUUUACAGGAUGAUUCCGUUCUGGCUGAUAUGGUGGACGACAUUUUGGUUCUAGGUCGAUAUAAGAGCCGCUACAGCACUAUGAAGAAGCUCCUGCGAGAUGGGAGGAAGCCAGAGGAAGUGAAUGAUAUUCUGGGUUUGCGAAUCAUACUGAAGCCAAAGUCAGGACCAGAUACGACUGAGAUAGGCGAAAAAGCGUGCUAUAGAACACGAGAAAUUGUCCAGAUUUUGUGGAAAGAGAUGCCGCACAGAUCGAAAGACUACAUUUCGAGGCCCAAACUGAAUGGCUAUCGAAGCUUACAUAUGGCUGUCGAUGUGAGCAAGAAUGGCCAAGCUCGACCAUUGAUGGAGAUACAGAUACGAACUACGGAGAUGGACAUGUUGGCAGCUGGUGGAACAGCAUCUCACUCUUUGUAUAAAAGCGGACUCACCGAUCCUGAGGAGGCAAAACGGCUAAAGGCGAUAAUGUUGGCCGCGGCGGAGCUUGCCGCUCUGCGUCUUCAGGACCUCCCAUCCUCAAAUCACAAGGAAAUGGAGAUCGACCGAAGAGAUCGCGUCUUCCGCCUUCUUGACAAGAAUGGAGAUGGUAGGAUCAGCAUAGAAGAGCUCAUGGAAGUGAUGGAAGAGCUCGGGGCCCCAGGGGAUGAUGCGCGAGAGAUGAUGCAGCUCCUCGAUGCCAACAGCGAUGGCUCCCUGAGCUCCGACGAGUUUGACUCCUUCCAAAAGCAGGUUGAACUAAUGAGGAAUCUGGAGGACAGGGACGACGAAUACAAGGCAAUGUUGAACGAGAAGCUUCACUUGGACGUCAUUGCCGGACUGAUCCCAGCCACCACUGAAGAACCCCGGCAAUAGUUCAAAGCUGGUAACCACUCCUCUUGUAGAUAGAUACUAGAAUUACGUACUUGUAGUUGUCCACAACCACAUACCACAAAAGGGCGUGCUUCUGUAUAUAUGAUUGACAUCUGCGGAUGUAGAUUGUCAACCCAUUUGUACAACCAUUCUAAUUCACAUUGAUUAUAUAA